AUGAUUCCUUCUGAUGACUUGCUACGCCAUCAACUUUUGUCAUCUGGAGACUGUACCAGCAAAGAUUUUUUUAUAUUCUUUGGAGCUUUUUCGUCAAUUAUGCCAAAACGUAAUUUAGGCUUGGCAAAUUUGGCCCUUGCAAAGUUUCAGAUAGCCACAUUUCUGGCUUAUGCUAUGUACUGCUUGUGCAGUGGAAAUGUUGCCAUUCCAAAACCCACAGCUAGCUAUGGACCAAAUCCAAUUUGCAAAGGCUGUUUAUCUUGUUCAAAGGAUAAUGGGUGCAUCAGAUGCCAACACAAGUUAUUCUUAUCAGGGUACUAUGGACUCCGAACGCCAGAUAUGAACAGAUGUUCAAGAUGCAGAAUAGAAAACUGCGACUCCUGCUUUAGCAGAGACUUUUGUACCAAAUGCAAAACUGGCUUCUACUCGCACAGAGGCCGCUGCUUCCGAGGAUGCCCCCCUGGAUUUGCAGCCUUGGAAGAGCUUAUGGAAUGUGUAGAAGGCUGUGAAGUGGGUCAGUGGAGUGAGUGGGGAACUUGCAGCAGAAAUAACAAAACAUGUGGAUUUAAGUGGGGCCUGGAAACGAGAACAAGACAAAUUGUGAAGAAGCCAGCGAAAGACACAAUACUGUGCCCAACCAUCGCAGAAUCCAGACGGUGUAAAAUGGCCAUGAGGCAUUGUCCAGGAGGAAGAAGGCCAACAAAAACAAAGGACAAGAAAAAGAAGAAAAAGAAUUUGAUGGAAAGGGCUCAGAAGCAGCACAGCAUCUUUUUAGCAACAGACAAAACAAGCCAGUAA